AUGGCCACUGGUAUUGAGGCUGCUGGACUAGUCCUCGGCUCGAUACCGUUGAUACUUGCAGGCCUUCAAUUUUAUGCCGAGGGCAUCGCGGUAACAAAGCGAUACUGGAAAUACAAAGAGGAAGUGAAUAACAUACUAUAUGAGCUACGGGCCGAGAACACUAUGUACGUCAACAGUAUCAACAUGCUGUUGGUAGGUGUAGUGAGUCAAAAGGAUAUGACAGAGUUCCUCGCGGAUCCAGGAGGUGGGCGCUGGACAGAGGCGAAGUUCGACCGGAAGCUUCGCAGUAGGCUAGGGGCGAGUUAUGACUCGUACAUGGAGAGCAUAACUCACAUGAUAAUGACUGCCGACAAGUUCAAGGAGAAAUUGAAGCUAGAUGGUGCCGGAAAGCCCCAAUUCUCUGAGCAGACUUCUUUCAAGGAGCACUACAGACGACUCAAAUUCAGUCUAAGGAAAUCAGAUUACAGUGAUUUGAUGGGAAAGCUGCGACAAGCUAAUCAGUCACUAUACCGCCUGACGACCCAAACAGCGUACCUUGAUGCUCGCCAAACGUCAUCGAAGCAGGAUUGUCAGUCCGCCCCAAACUUUCGAGUUAUCAAAGACAGAGCGGACAAUUUCUACACUGCUUUGAGCACGGGAUGGAAUUGCCCAUGUCAAGCGGAUCAUAGUGUCAGCCUCCGUCUUGAAUCACGCAUGGAAGACGGCUCGGGUGAUGAGGACGACGAGGAUUAUGAGGACGAAGAAACAAUGCGUGACCCUUUCCACGUGCUAUUCCGAUUCAAUCAUCAUCACAAGACAGAAAUAAGCUCUACGAGUAUGAAACCAUGGACCUGGGAAGAAGCCGACGUACGCAUUGAGUAUGAAAAGCAAAGCUCGACAGCAACCGCGGCAUGUGGAGGUCAAAUUGGAAAGGGUGUCCGGUUCGCAAAACAAGCGAAGAAAGCUAUACAAGCAGCCUUGGAACCUCAGCCCAACAUGCAACCAAUAAAGGAUCUUUGUUCAGCAAUCUACGCGCUCCAAAAACCUCAACGCGACGUUUGCUUUUCAUUGUUAGCAAACGAGAUUGCUAAACACAAAUAUGGAGUACAUAUCUACCCUACGAAACAGCUACCGCCAGACACGGACACUUGGGUGGUAUCUUCACUUCGGAAUGUGCUAGACGACUCGCAAUUUGCCCGUAGGGAUCGCCUAAAGCUAGCAGUCACCCUCGCCAGUAGCGUACUUCAGCUUCACGAGACUCCAUGGCUCGACGAAAAUUGGGGGAAAGACACCAUUUUCUUCGUCAAGCGGCCGGGCAGAGCACUUUACGACCAACCUUUUGUAUCGCAAAACUUUAAUCAGACCACGCCAACCCCAAAGACUGAAACGCCUAAUGCCAUGAGCCGAAUCAUCCGUAAUCAGACAUUGUAUGCUCUGGGUGUGGCAUUAAUCGAGCUCUGGUACGGCAAGACGUUAGCAGAACUGCACAAGGAUGCAGAUGGGCCGCAUGAUACCGGCAUUAUGCAAGUUGACUUCAUGGCUGAGUACAAUACUGCAGACCGCCUCGUCGAUGAGCUGUAUAGCGAGGCCGGUGGCAAAUACAGUGAUGCAGUCAGGCGAUGCAUCCGCUGCGAUUUCGAUCGCCGUGCCAGUAGCCUCGAGGACGCUCAGUUCCAGAAAGCGGUGUAUCAGGGCGUUGUCGCACAACUAAAAGAGAACUACGAAUACAUGUUCCAGCAUCAUCCAGAUUGA